AUGUGCCUGCUACCUAAGCCGGGCCGCAACCUGGAUUACGGAACCGUCUUCCAUCACCACCUCCAUCCCACGAUUCCAACCCCCAGUACCAUACUGAUUGACGACCAACGCGACCACUCUUCGAAACCCCGCGAUCCCAUUCCCAAGAACUAUCCAAAACGAAGAUUCCCACGAACCUACCCCAUCCAUAAUAUUCGGCAGUAG